AGUGAAAUAAGGAUUCUAUUGAUGGGCAAGUGCGGCAGUGGGAAGAGCUCGGUCGGAAACCUUUUACUUGGACAAAAAGUAUUUCAAGUUAGCAAAACUUGUAUAACUAAAACAAAACAGAGUCAGUUAGCAAGCCGUACACUAGAAGAUGGCAGAGUAUUAGUUAUAGUUGAUACACCAGGUUAUUGUAAUAGUCACCUGACAGAAGAGGAAACUCAGAAAGAAAUAGACAGAGGAAUGGAAUUACUAGCACCUGGUCCCCACAUUAUUAUAUAUGUUCAAAGUGUACGUCAAUUUUCAGGUGAUGAAAAGGAGUCAUUAGAGUUUAUAAAGAAACUGUUUGGAGAUAAUGUUAUUAAUCAUAUGAUUAUAGUUUUCACUGGAAAAGAUUCCUUAGAAGAUGAUGAAUUU